CUGAAAACAUCGCUGGUAUUUCGUAACGCUCAGCAACGGUCACUCUGCCAUCCUUCUUUUUAUUUCCGCCGUUUGCCGAGAAAGUUGGAAAAUUAUGGGCAAGCCAAGAGGUCUGCGCACUGCCAGGAAGCAUGUGAACCACCGUCGCGACCAGCGUUGGGCCGACAAGGACUACAAGAAGGCUCAUUUGGGCACCAGAUGGAAGGCUAAUCCCUUCGGAGGUGCUUCCCACGCCAAGGGAAUCGUCCUGGAGAAGGUCGGCGUCGAGGCCAAGCAGCCUAACUCUGCCAUCCGCAAGUGCGUGAGGGUGCAGCUCAUCAAGAACGGCAAGAAGAUCACCGCCUUCGUGCCCCGUGACGGUAGCUUGAACUACAUUGAGGAGAACGACGAGGUCCUGGUUGCCGGUUUCGGUCGUAAGGGUCAUGCCGUCGGUGAUAUUCCCGGUGUGCGCUUCAAGGUUGUCAAGGUCGCCAACGUCUCCCUGUUGGCCCUCUACAAGGAGAAGAAGGAACGCCCAAGAUCUUAGAUGAACAUGCAUCUAAUCUUUUUCCAGACAAGCAGAGUUAGGGUUUUACAAAUCUAAAUAAACAAAAAACAGAAACAAACUUGUUAAAUGUUUCAAUUAAAUGUGAUUUCCUUGAAUAUAUUUGUGGCUCGCAUGUUUGUGUUUACUGAUGGUAGAAUAUAGUGAUUCCAAUCGAUUCUGUUUUAUAAGGCCGAUGUACUUAAUGAGUUACAUACUUGCAUAUUUAAACUAUAACAGUUUACAGUUUUCGUUGUUUUCAAGUAUUUUCUGUAAAAUUUAAAAAUGAUUAUUGCCCUAUAUUCACAUCUAUGCGAAAUAUAUUUCCCAAAUUUUCGAAUU